AUGAAUUUUUUCGAAGAAAAUGAAACUUAUGGAAAAAGUUUCAAUAAUAACAGCAGUCUGUUUGUAGAUUGUCAAAGUAAUAUGGAAAUAAAUUUCGUUCAAAAAAGUAUGAAAGCUGAUUCAGUUGAGCAAGCCCAAUUAAAGGAAGAUAAUUUAUUCACAAUACGAAAUAAUACAUUUUCCAAUAACUACAAAAAAGAUGAGAAUUUUUCACAAGAUCGAAGUAAUUUGAAAAGUUAUAGUACAAAUGACAACACAGAAAAUUUUUUAUGUGAUUAUAUAUCAAAAGAAGAUGGAAAAAAUAAUAUUUAUAAUUACCAUAAGAAAAAUAAGUCCGAUUUUAUUGAGAUGAGUCAUGACAGCUUUUUAAAUGAUAGAUAUAAUAAAUCUCAAAGUACUUUAAGUAAUUAUACGAGCAACUCAGAUGAUAAUAAAAAGUUAUACAUAAAAAAAUAUAAUGAACCAAAUAAUACUUUAAAGAAAAAUAAUAAUAAUAAUAAUAGUGAAGAUCAUUUAAUUGAUAACUUAAGUUAUAAUAUAAAUGAAAAAAAAAAAUUGGAACAGAAUAACAGUUAUCUCAGUUCAUUUGAUAGAACCUUAAUAAAUAAUAAAAAUAUAAAAAAUAAUAAUUUAUAUUAUAAUGAUUUAAAUAAAUGUUUUAGUAAUGAAGAUAAAUGCGUAAAUUAUGAAAAUAAAAUCAGUAUGUAUAAUAAUUCUGAUAGCAAAAAAAUUAAUCGUAUUAACAAAGAUAACUAUAGUUUUGAAAACAUAAAGAAUUAUACUUCCUAUUACGAAGAAGGAAUAAUGCUUAAAAAAAAUGAUCAUGGAGUUGUUAGUAAUUCAAGUAAUUUUGUGAAUUUGAAUGGAGAAACUAAUGAAGAAAAUAAGAAAAUUUGCAUUAACGGAAAAAAAAUUUAUGAGGAAAAAAACUCCAUUUUUGAGAGUACAAAUGAUAAUUAUAGUAGUCAUAAAUUUAAUAAAAAUUGUAAUUCUCUAGAAAAUUGCGUAUUUAUAAAAGACAAAGAGUAUAUUAAUAACAUACAUAUUUUAGAUAAUUUGAAAAAUUGGAAAAAUGAAAAAAAAAUAUUAAAUAGUAGUAAAGAUUUUGCCCAUAAUAACAAUUAUUCAAAAAUAAUAGAUAUUUCUAAAGAUGAGGAAGGAAAGCAUCAUAGGGAGAAGUUUAACAAAAAAAAGAAAAAAAAUAAGAAGAAUAAUAAGUUUUCAUGCCCCUCUAAAAAUAAUGAAAUGGAUUAUAAAAGCAGUGAUUUAAAUGGAAUUCAUAAAAAUGACAUAAAAAAAGGAAACAGUUGUAGCAGCAAUGAAUUGAAUUGUUUUGAAAAGAACUUAUCUUAUAAUCAAAAUUUAGAAAAUAAUAAUUAUAAUUCUGAAAAUUUCAAUGAGUAUGUUAGCGAAAAUGACGUUAUAUCAAAGGAAUAUUUCAAUAGUAAAAAUUAUUAUUAUAAUGAAGGCGAUAGUAAUAGUAUAAAAAAAAGUAAAUUCCAUCUUUAUAAUUUCCAUGAUAACUCAAAUAAUAGUAAUUGCAUUGACACAUAUGAAGGAAAUUAUGAUUGUACAUCAAAUAAUUCUAAUUCAUACAAUGAAAAAAGUGAAAAUUUAAAAGAUGUAUUUAUUCAAUAUAAAAAGUCUUUAGAAUAUUUUGAAAAGAGUUCAAUAAAUAGUGAUGAUAGCUCAAUAGAAUAUUAUGAAAAAUUAGAAAAAAAUAUGAGUAAUAGUCAUACUUCUAGGAAUGAUAAACGCUUAUGUUAUGAUAUAAAAGAAAAUAAAGUUAAUGAAAAUGGUGAAAUUAAAGAAAAAGAAAAAAAAAAAAAAAUACUUAAGAGAACAAGUUCUCUCUCUACAAAUUCGAAUACUAAUGAUAAUUUGUUAAAUGAUGAAUUUGAUUUAGACAGUAAUAUAUCAAAUGUAGAAAUUUAUAAAAGUAGUGAUAAAAAGAUAGAAAAAAAUGAAAUAAAAACAAGUUCUUUAGAUAAAAAUAUACAAGCAAUUAAUGAAAAUGGGAAUAAUCAGUUAGAGGAGAGAUUUUGUAUAGAUAAGAUUAAUGAAGAAUCCAACAAUUACAUCAAUAGCAAAACGGAUGAUGAAAAUGAAAUUCAUUAUAAUAAUAAAAAUUUUGAAGAUGAAAAUAAUUUUAAUAGUGAACAUGAAGGUGAGAAAGUCAAAAUAAAGAAAAAUGAGGAAUGCAUGAAAGAGGUAUAUGAUAAUGAAAAUAAAAAUGGGAGAAAUAAAAGUAUGAAGAGAGAAAAUAAUGAUAGUAAAAAUGAAUUAAAAUAUUUCAGUAGAUUUAAAAAAGAAAAAGAAUAUAAUGAAAUAAAUGAUGAAGAAAAUUCAUUAAACAAUAUUUUAGAUAUUAAUGAAAAAAAAAAUUAUGAAAAUAUUAAUUAUAAUGAAAAGACGAAAAAAAAAAAUAGUUCACAAUAUUUGCUUAUAGAUUUCGAUAUCAAUAACACCAAAAUUGAUAAUGCUUCUAAUAACAAUAACAAUGUAAAUAUUAAUAAUAGCUUUAAUACAAAUAACACUGAUAUUACUGCUAAUAAUAAUAAUGUACAUAAAGGUAAUAAUAAAAAUGAUAGUUCUAAUAACAGUAUUAAAAAAAUUAAUAUAAAUGAUAAUGUAAAUAAUAAUGAUUUUAAUAAUAAUAAUUAUUCUAAUAAUGAUUUUAAUAAUAAUAAUUAUUCUAAUAAUGAUUUUAAUAAUAAUAAUUAUUCUAAUAAUGAUUUUAAUAAUAAUAAUUAUUCUAAUAAUGAUGGUUCUGAUAAUAAUAAUAAUGAUGGUUCUAAUAAUAAUAAUAAUGAUGGUUCUAAUAAUAAUAAUAAUAACGAUUCUGAUAAUGAUAAUAAUAAUAAUGAUGGUUCUGAUAGUAAUAGUAAUAACGAUUCUGAUAAUGAUAAUAAUAAUAAUGAUGAUGGUUCUGAUAAUAAUAGUAAUAAUGAUUCUAAUAAUUAUAAUAAUAAUAAUGAUUCUAAUAAUGAUAAUAAUAAUAAUGAUUCCAAUAAUGAUAACAAUAAUAAUGAUUCUAAUAAUGACAAUAAUAAUGAUUCUGAUAAUGAUAAUAAUAAUAAUGAUGAUGAUUCUGAUAACAAUAGUAAUAAUGAUUCUAAUAAUGAUAAUAAUAAUGAUUCUGAUAAUGAUAAUAAGAAUAAUGAUUCUGAUAAUGAUAAUAAGAAUAAUGAUUCUGAUAAUGAUAAUAAGAAUAAUGAUUCUAAUAAUGAUAAUAAUAAUGAUGAUGGUUCUGAUAAUAAUAGUAAUAAUGGUUCUUAUAAUAAUAGUAAUAAUGACUCUAAUAAUUAUAAUAAUAAUAAUGAUUCCAAUAAUGAUAAUAAUAAUAAUGAUUCUAAUAAUGACAAUAAUAAUGAUUCUGAUAAUGAUAAUAAUAAUAAUGAUGAUGAUUCUGAUAACAAUAGUAAUAAUAGUUCUGAUAAUAAUAGUAAUAAUGAUUCUAAUAAUGAUAAUAAGAAUAAUGAUUCUGAUAAUGAUAAUAAGAAUAAUGAUUCUGAUAAUGAUAGUAAUGAUAAUGAAAAUAAAAAUAAUUAUUCUACAAGCAAUAUUAAUAAUUCUUCUAAUAACAAUUAUAAACAUGAUUCCUCUCAAAAUAAUAGUAUGAAUUUUAUUAAUAGUAGCAAUAAAAUUGAUUUUUCUAACGGUGAUAAUAAGUUUUCUAAUGACAAUAAUAAUAUUUAUUAUUCUAAUAACAAUAAAAACAAUUCCUCUUAUAAUGACGUUAAUAAAAAUGUUUGUAACCCAAGUAAUAUUAAUAAAGUAGAUAGUGCUAACAGCAUAAUAGAUAGUGACAAUAAAAAUAUAAAUAUAAAUUUCGUCAAUAAGACAAACAAAAAUAUUAACAUAAAUAAUAGUAAUAAUAAUGAUAUAAAUAAUAAUAAAGGAAAUAAUAGCAGUUCAAACUUAAGUUAUGAUUAUACAGCUUUAUUAAAUGAAGUAAAAGAAUUAAGGAAUAUUAUAGAAAAUAUGAAAAAGGAAAAAAUACAUUUAUUAGCUAAAUUUAAAGCAUAUACUUUAAAUAACAAAAAAGAGCUCGAAGAAUUAAAAAUACAAUGUGAAAAUAAAGAAAAAGAAAUUGAAAAAUAUAUAAAUGAAAUUAAAAAAAAAGGAGAAGAGAUAGAAAAGUGUAAUACCAAAUACUGUAAUGAAAUAAUUAUUUAUAAAAACUCAUUAGAGAAGUAUAAUGAUAUGCAAAUGGAUUUAGUUAAAAAAAAUGAAUCAUUAAGUGAUAUAAAUGAAAAAUUACAAAAAGAAGUAAUUUUACAUAUGGAGGAGAUAAAGAAAAUUGAUAAAGAAAAUGAAUUUCUCAAAAUACAAAUAGAGCAAAAAGAAGAGAAAAUUAAUAUAUUAGAAAAAAAUAAAAAAAAGGAAGCAUUCGAUUUUGACUUAAAUGAAAAUGAUAUUUUAUUCUCUAUUUCAACUGAUAAUAAUAAUUUAGUAUGCUUUAAAAAAAAUAAUGAGUUUUUUAUAAUACCUGAAGAUAUUUUUGAGUCAAAAUAUAACGGUAUUAAAAAGCCCAUAUGCAUUCAAGAGAAAUAUAAAAAUGAAUUGAAUGAAUACAAAAGAUUACAAGAUUUAAAUAUAAAGAAAAUAAAAGAAGAAAAGUUAGAAAUUGAAAAAGAAUAUCAUGAAUAUAAAAUUAAAGUAAGUAAUUUAAUUAAUGAAGCUAAUGGAAAUUAUAAAAUUAUUGAAGAAAAAAGUUGUUUAAUACAAGAAUUAAACAAUACUAUAUUAAAAUAUGAAGAAGAUAUUGAAAUUUAUAAAAAAGAGAUAUCUAUUGUUAAUGAAAAAUGUAAAAUACUUGAAUUAGAAAUUUGUAAAGAAAAAAAUAUAAGAGAUCAGCAAAGUGUAGGUAUAUCAGAUUUAAAAAAAAAAAUGAAAAAAGAAAAAAUUGAAUUAGAAAAGAAAUAUAAAGAAACUUGUGAUCUAGAAACUCAAAAAAAAAUUAAUGAAAUGAAAGAGAUAUAUAAUAAUAAAGAAAAAUUAUUACAAGAACAAAUAGAAUCAUUACUAUAUAAAAUAGAAAAAUUAACUUUUUCAAAUGAAGAAAAAAGACAAACUAUUGAAAAUUUAGAAAAUUCUUGCGAAGCUACUGAUAUUAGAGUUAAUAUGAAUCAAAUAAAAGCAAAAAGUGAAUUUGAUUCUAUUGAAACAGAAUCCCUGAAAAAUAGUAGUUAUAAUGAACAAUUAAAAGAAAUAAAUCUAUGUGAAAAAUGUAAGGGCACUAAUAAUGUAAAUAUACCAAUAUAUCCAAAUGAAUACAAAAAGAUAAGAAAAAAAUUGGAAACAUAUGAAUAUAUAAUAAAUGAAGAAAGGGAAGAUAAAAAAAGUUUGAUGGACCAGAUUAAUACAUUAAAAAAUCAAAUAAAAAAUUAUGAAUCUAUAAAUGGAAAUUAUGAACAUGUUAUGUAUCAAAAAAACAUUCUUUUAAAUUUUAUUUCACAAAUACCAGCUCGUAUCCAAAUUGAUGAUUAUGUUUCAGUUAUUUAUAAUUCAUUUAAUUUUUCUAAUGAAGAGAUAGAAUUAAUUAAUUCAAAAAGAUCAAAAAAAAUAAAAUAA